CGGACAUUCCAGUCCGUAGUCCCUUCAGAAUAUACAUCACAAGGACCAAGGCUAUUCGUCUCCCGCCAACAGACAGCAUUCAAAUUCACUGAGUGUCUCUCUGCAACUCAGAAAUGGGUUCCAAAACAGGUGGGAAUUGCGUAGAUUUGUGGUCAGAAAUCGUAGGAAACGAUCAACAACAAGAGCAGCAUUCGCAUGGUGAAGCAGUUUACGGAAGGAGAAAACCCAACAAAACCCCUCAAGAUGUAGUUCCCCCAAAGCAGUUGGGUUCCUAUGGUGCUACGAAUCAUCAUAGGGUGAGUUUUGCUGCUGCUGCUCCCAACAAGCGUGUAAGUUGGAAUCGUUCCCUUUCCACCAGAGGGAGGACAAGUAUUGCUGUUGGCGCUUGCAUUGAUCAUCAGCCUCAACUUAAGCAGGCUAAAAGGAAAGGAAAACCUGCUUUGCCUAAAGGAAAAUUUGUGCAACCCUCCAAUUUCGACUUGGAGCGAGCUUACUUUGACGAGGUUGAUGCCUUUGAGUUGUUGGAGGAGAGCCCCUCACCCAAGAAAUAUGGUACAUGGGCCAUAGGCAACCAAACUGAUGUUGCAAUACCCCAUUUGUCUUCAAGAUUAGAGAAAUGGUUAAUUUCCAAGAAGUUAAAUCCUUAUGGACCUUCUAGUACAUUGUCCAAGAUAUUAGGAACUCCAGCCAAGGGCCCGGAAACCAUAGAUGAGGAGGAUUUUGAUUUUUUGAAUUUGAAUACCACAGAAAGGUCCUCUUUCAAAGUCAGUUCCCAGUUGCAUUCUUUUGAGAGCAGAUUGAAAUCAAAUUUGACUGAUAGAAAUGUUCUUGAAAGGGAUAUCAUCAAAUCACACAAGAUAGAUACAAAGGGUGUGGGAAAUGAGUCUUGUGAGGAUAUAGAAUUUGCGGUUAAGAAACUCUCUCUUGCUUCAACUUCAACUUCGUCGGAAACUGAUCAUUUGGAUCCAUUUGCUGCCUUAUUAGCUGUUUGCGGACAGUCUACUCCCUCCAAAUUCCAGGAUGUAUUCUCUAAGUAUUGUGACCUACAGGAGAUCGUUAAAAUAGGUGAAGGAACAUUUGGAGAAGCUUUCAAGGCUGGCACUUAUGUAUGCAAAAUCGUUCCCAUAGAUGGAGACUUACGGGUAAAUGCUGAAGUGCAAAAGAAAUCAGCAGAAUUGCUCGAGGAGGUUGUACUCUCCCGAACUCUUAAUUGCUUAAGAAGACAAGAGGAUGAUGUUCGUAAUGCUUGCACAACCUUUAUUGAAACUGUAGAUUUGAGGGUAUGCCAGUGUUCAUAUGAUCCUUCAUUAAUAAAAGCAUGGGAAAAUUGGGAUGAAAAACAUGGUUCAGAAAAUGAUCACCCCAAGGACUUUCCAGAGAAACAGAGCUACGUUGUGUUUGUGCUGGAACAUGGGGGCAAGGAUCUUGAAGGCUUUGUGCUUCUGAAUUUUGAUGAGGCUAGGACUUUAUUGGCUCAGGUUACUGCUGCCCUUGCUGUGGCUGAAGCUGCAUAUGAAUUUGAACAUCGGGAUCUUCACUGGGGAAAUAUACUUUUAAGCCGGAAUGAUUCCGUUACAUUGCAGUUCACUCUUGAGGGGAAGAAAUUUUUUGUCAAAACAUUUGGGUUGCAGAUAUCAAUAAUUGACUUCACUCUUUCAAGAAUCAAUACUGGUGAAGACAUACUUUUUUUAGACCUCUCUUCGGAUCCUUAUCUCUUUAAAGGUCCCAAAGGAGACAAACAAUCUGAGACAUACCGGAAGAUGAAGGAGGUAACAGAAGAUUGCUGGGAGGGAAGUUUCCCAAGAACAAAUGUCUUAUGGCUGCUGUACUUGGUGGAUAUACUGCUUCUCAAGAAAUCAUUUGAACGAACAUCAAAGAAUGAGAGAGAUAUGCGCUCAUUGAAGAAGCGUUUAGACAAAUAUCGGUCAGCCCGAGAAGCAAUUCUGGAUCCUUUCUUUGCUGAAUUAUUUGUUGAUGUCAUCUCGUCGUAACUUAUUACUCGAGGAUGAAUAUAUUGUAAGUUAUAACAGAAAGAAGGAAAAAAGAAAAAAUGGUUGCUAAUUGUAAAUUUAGCAUGAAUUAUCCCGCACAUUUUGUGUAGAGUAGUUGUAUACAAAACUUGGUGAACAAUGAGCCAGUUGUGAUUAUAUGUCAUGGAAAAUAUUUAGCAGUUACUUUUACUGGAAACUGUUUCAACUUUUCUUUGUAAAUAUUGUAGUUUCGCCAUUGAAUGCCUUAAUAAAUGUUAAAUAUCAACAUGAUAA